AUGUCGACUCCCAGCCUCGAAGAGAUGCUAAGUUGGCCAACGCCAAAUUAUGAUGACCCCCACGAACCCUUGGAUGCCAUCAUUUACGGCGUCAAUAUCCCUCUAAUGGUUCUGAUGACUGUCUUCGUUGCCGGCCGGUUCGUAUCACGGACGUUCCUUGUGCAAAAUGCGCUGGGAGUAGACGACUGGACGAUGCUUUUUGCUUAUGUGCUGGCGAUGGGAUUGUCGGCUUGUCAGCUAGUCGAACCCAGAUAUGGAAUUGGUCGUCACUUAUACGACGUCAAAUACGAAUGGUAUCCUGCACUUGGUAAACUGACCAUUGCGAUACAAGCCCUCUUUGCGCCAUGCUCCGCCAUAACCAAGAUUUCGAUAUGUUUGACCUACCUUCGCCUUUUCCCAUCGAGGACCAACAAAUGGUUCAACUAUAUCUCGAUGGUCAUUCUAGCCAUGUUUGGAAUAUCGACGACUGCCACCAUGUUACUGCAAUGCAUACCAUUGUCCGAUCUCUGGGCAGUCUUCAAGCCGAUGUCGCAGAAACAAUGCAUUGAUUCCGAAAAGUUCUACAUCGCCGCUGCAGCCAUCAACAGUAUAACAGACUUCAUGGUUUAUCUUUGGCCAAUUCACUACCUCUGGAAAGUGAAGCUGAGCUUGCCGAAAAGGGCGGGAUUGAUCAUCUGUUUUGGUGUCGGAGUCCUAAUUUGCAUCGCAGGCGUGUUUCGCAUUACUUGGCAGGUCAAGUUUGCGAACUCCUGGGACCAGACUUAUCUAGACAAUGGUGCCAUUAUCUUUGUCAUUGUAGCGGUAGAGACGAACCUCGGCGUUGUCUGCGGCUGUCUCCCGGGCGUUCGGCCGCUGAUGUCCAAGAUCUUCCCCGGCCUGACCAAUACUACUCAUAACUCGGGUCGAGGUAAUAAUAGCCACGCACAUAUCAGCUCAAACAACAAGUCCGGCGGUGGUUACCGGGACUUGCACUCGAUUCACGUUAGAAAGGAUGUGGAGCUAUCAGUCGUGAACAGGCCUGUCAAUGAUAAUAUGUGGAACAGGCCUCGCUACCCGACAGACAGAAGUGACAGUGAGGAGUGGAUUUUUCGACCAUGA